AUGGACGACAAGCUCGGCGAGACGCAAACUGAUAACACUGGAUAUUUCAAGCUCGUCGGAACCGGCAGCGAAGUGAGCCGUCUCAACGUCAAAUUCAACGUGUACCACAGAUGUGGAAAGACGCUCCCUGUUUGCUACUACAAAUACUCGUGGGCCGUCCCUCAGAGCUACGUAAGCUCGGGCACCUAUCCGCAAAAGACUGUGAGAGUCUACGGAAAGCUGACUUGCAAGGGACAACCGUAUGGAGGAGCAAAAAUCAAGUUGUACGAUCAUGACACUUUCACUCUUGAUGACAAAUUGGCGGAGGGUCGCUCGAAUGCCGAUGGAACGUUCGAUUUGGAGGGAAUGGGAAAUGAGAGGACACGGCUUAAUGUAAAGAUGAACAUCUAUCACAGAUGUGACAAAACGAUCCCUCUCUGCUACUACAAACACUCGUUCCCCGUCCCCUACACGUACAUUUCCGCUGGACCAAGGGCCACCAAUCCGUACAACGUGCAAACUCUCGAACUCUCAAUGCUUGAGAAGGAACGCGAUUGCUUCAACAAGAAA